AUGGAAUUUAAACAUCAUCAUGUUGCUGAAUUUGUGUACAAUCUUAAAGAAUUAUCUGAAGGAAAAAACAUGUGGGUUGAAAUUAGUAGUACCGAUGUAGAGCUUAUUCGGGAUGUACUUAUCUAUUUUGAUGCUCAUACGUUUGUUAUUGAUGAUAUUCGAGCAAUUGAUCAACGAAUGAAAAUAUCAAUCAUAAAUGAAGAUCUUUAUCUUUUAUUUAGUCUUAUUUAUUUAAAUGAAACCACUUGUGUCAUUGAACAACAAAAAAUAAGUUUUUAUUUAAUAGAAAACACUCUUAUUACUAUACAAGAACAUCGUUCACAUAGAUUAUUUUCAACAAUUAAAUAUCGUUUAAGUAAGGAAUCAGUUAAAUCAAAAGGUCGCCUGAAAACACUGAAAACAGAUUAUUUAUUCUAUUGUUUACUUAAUGUUGUUAUUGAAAAUUAUAUGAUUGUAUUAGAUUCAAUAUUACAUGAAUCUGAACGUAUUGAUAAAGAAUUGAUGUUUUCAAGAAAAGCUAAAGCCGACAGACUUGAUGUUAAAACAUUAAAAUUACUGUUUCAUAUUAAGCAUGAUUUACUUCAUUUCAAAGUUGUAUGUGCACCAUUAAAAGAUAUAUUUAUUAAAUUACAAAAAACUCGUGAGACAGUUUUACCUAAACGACAACGCCCGGCAUUACGUCAAUGUCGUCGUCGAUUAAAACGGCGGCAACGACACGCUCUUGGUAAUCAUUCAGCUCAUUCGCCUACAGUCACAAGUUCAGUCGGUGAUGACGAUGAAGAAUACUUGUUAGAUGACGGCGUAUUAGUACUGAAUGAUUAUAUUUAUAAAUAUUUGAAGCGUCUUCUUGAUCAUUCUGUUGAAUUGGAUGAUACCAUUGAUUCGUAUUCCGAUAAUAUUACAUCAUUAAUUGAUUUUUAUAUUAUUCUUAAUGGAGAUUUAAGUAAUGAUACAAUGAAAACAUUGACACUGAUGUCGUGUAUUUUUAUGCCUUUGAACUUUUUAUCAAGUCUCAGCUCUAUGAACUUUAAAUAUAUGCCACAAAUUCCAACACAGUAUGGAUAUUUUGGACAACUUGGAAUAAUGGGACUCAUUGGAUUGAUAAUGAUCAUUUGUUUUAAAGUGAAAAAAUUAUUUUAA